AUGAAAGGAAUGAGAGGAAUCAUUCAAAUACAAGCCGGUCAAUGCGGUAACCAAAUAGGUGCCAAAUUUUGGGAAGUUAUUUCAGAAGAACAUGGUAUUGACUGCACUGGCGCUUAUGUCGGAGAUUCUGAUAUCCAGCUAGAAAGAGUAGAGGUUUAUUAUAAUGAAGCCAACGGUGGUAAAUAUGUUCCACGCGCUAUCCUUGUUGACCUUGAACCUGGUACUAUGGACUCUGUUCGCGCUGGUUCUUUCGGUCAACUUUUCCGUCCAGACAACUUCAUAUUUGGUCAAAAUGGCGCUGGUAACAACUGGGCUAAAGGUCACUACACUGAAGGCGCCGAACUUGUUGACUCCGUUUUAGAAGUCGUUCGUAAAGAAGCUGAAACAUGUGAUUGUUUACAAGGUUUCCAAGUAACUCACUCUCUUGGCGGUGGUACUGGUGCUGGUAUGGGUACUUUACUCAUCUCUAAAAUCCGCGAAGAAUACCCUGACCGUAUGAUGUGCACGUUCUCUGUCGUUCCUUCACCUAAGGUUUCGGAUACUGUUGUUGAACCAUAUAAUGCAACACUUUCCGUACAUCAAUUGGUUGAAAAUUCUGACGAAACUUUCUGUAUUGACAAUGAAGCUCUAUAUGAUAUUUGCUUCCGCACGUUGAAAUUAAAUACACCUACAUACGGUGACCUUAAUCAUUUAGUAUCCACUGUCAUGAGUGGUAUCACCACAUGUCUACGUUUCCCUGGUCAGUUAAAUGCUGACUUGAGGAAAUUAGCUGUCAACAUGGUUCCUUUCCCACGUCUUCACUUUUUCAUGGUCGGAUUUGCUCCAUUGACUUCUCGUGGUUCUGAAGGUUAUCGCGCCGUGACUGUCCCCGAAUUGACUCAACAAAUUUUUGAUGCCAAGAACAUGAUGGCAGCUUCGGAUCCCAGACACGGUCGUUAUUUGACUGUUUCUACCAUCUUCCGAGCUGCCGUGUGUGAUAUUCCACCACGAGGUCUUAAAAUGUCUGUUACUUUCAUUGGUAACUCUACUUCUAUUCAAGAAUUAUUCAAACGUAUCAACGACCAAUUCGCCGUUAUGUUCCGACGUAAAGCUUUCUUACAUUGGUAUACUGGUGAGGGUAUGGAUGAAAUGGAAUUCACAGAAGCAGAAUCUAACAUGAACGAUCUGGUAUCCGAGUAUGUAUAA